AUGGCUCCAUCUCCUUAUUUCGACUACGUCCCUUACCGGGAUGGAAAUAUUAGCAAAGAGAUGUCCGAUCUCGCUGAUGUAAUGGAGCAGAACGACUUCAAGAUACAUCAUAUUCGGAAUUGGCUUCAAAACACAGAGCUACCCCAGAAUGACAUUACGCACGAACAAAUUAACCGAGCAUUCAGCGAUACAGAACUAAUGGGAAGAAUACUCGAAAUAGAGAUGGGUGUGCACCUUAAACUUACCCACGAAGCACUUCUUUAUAAAGAGCUUCUGCAUCACAAGGAUUGGCAGUUCAUGCAAUUAAUGCAGCUUGAUCUGGAAUUGAUGCGCCUUUCAUCGGGAUAUUUUUCUGGGCCUGUUAUGGCUGUAAGUACCACAAUUGAUGGUUUGGCGAAUGAUACAGGUGAUAUUUCCCCAGUAUCAGCACCAGUAAAUCUCAGUGCAGAACACCCGGUGGUCCCUAACCCUUCAGCGAUAGAAGAACAUAUUUUGGACCCCGCGUUGGAAAAUAUCCCAGAGGUAGUUACGGAUUCUAUUCCAGAUCAUAUGCCAUUAUAUGUUCCGGAAUACGCUCCAUAUCCCAUGUUGGAUUGCAACCCGGAUUUUGCCCUAGAAGACCUCGCUGGCGUUACUUCGGAGCCCAUUCAAGCUUAUACCGAAUAUUUUCCUGGAGAUAUAGAUAUGCUAGAGUAUUCUGGCCUCAAUUAUAUUCCGGAUCAUGCGGUAGGGGAAAUUCUAGAAUACGGUCUGGAUCAAGCACCGGACUAUAUUUACGAUGGUCAAGUUGCAGGGGAUAUUCCAGAAGCUGCCCUAGUACCCACCCCCACACUAGCCCCAAGCCCUGAACAUUCUGCCUUCAGCCCCGCAUCCUGUCAAAAUCCCCUACAGCAACCAAAAGAUGCACCCAUGCCUGACCCCGUGGGUAUUCUAGAACCCGUAACGGAAUCUAGUACAAUGCCGGAGCUUGUCCCAGCGCCAGCUCCUACAGUGAAUCCGGCUCUAGUUGUGGUUCGUAAACCUGUGCGUAAAGGCGGGGUUAGGAAAUCUAGUAAUACUAAGCAUAAACUCGUCAAGCCUGGCAGAGGUUACGCUCGUAAACUACCUCCAACAGGAAAACACAUAGGUUCUCGAUAA